CAGCAGCUCACCAUCGCCACAGCGAUCCAGGCCAUGAUGUCUCGCCAAGACCAGAUGGAGCAGUCCUUCGCCCAGUUCCAGAACACCAUGGCGGCCAUGAUAUCGGGCGCCAUCGAGGUGCCCAUCGCUCCACCUGCGAAGCCGCGACCUACAAGCCGGCCCCCGACGCCGAGAACGGCGUCGCAAGUGGAGGCAGCCAUCAUCAGCGCGGUCAAUCCGACGCCUGGCACAGAGUCCUUCGCGGAUCAGCUCAGGAAGCAGAUGAUGAAACGCGUCCCCACCGCGGCCACUGGAGAAGACUUUCCUGGUCCGACACAGAUGUGGGCUGCCCCAGAGACCGAGCCCAUAUCCAGUCAAAUGGUCGCGCCCACCCAGCCUGUCAGCAACACGCAGGAGGACGUCUUCCUGCCUGGCCCGCCGCAGACGAUCACGGAGCAGAUGAUCAUCGUGGAGGACGCGUCGGGGCACACCCAGGAGUUCAGAGGUCCCCGCGGCAAGGCCAAGACGGGGGCGCGUGCGUCAGAGGGCGGCUCGGGGGACACGCCGCCGCACAA